AUGUCAAUAGUGCACAUCAUUUCUUUACACACAGCGGCUCUAUUACAUAACUUUCAUCUCUGCAUCAGUGCAUGUGGUAAAGCUGAAUAUGAAUUUAAUGGAGAAUGUUGUCCUAUGUGUGGACCUGGUUUUCAUGUGUACAGACAUUGUUCUGAGUAUACAUCUACAUCAUGUAUACCCUGCUUGCGAUCCACUUUCACUGAUUUACCCAAUGGACUAAAUCACUGUUUCCCAUGUACAGUCUGUGAUUCCAGUCAAUGGUUAAGAACAAAGACAGAGUGCACAUCUAUUGCAGACACCAUCUGUGAACCACGUGAAGGAUUUUACUGUAUUGACCAAAACAAACACAGUUGUAGAGCAGCUGUUGAACAUUCAAAAUGUAAACCUGGACAAUACAUCAUACAGAAAGGAACAGCAGAUACAGACACUGUGUGUGAUGACUGUGUUGGUGAAACUUACUCAGACGGUUCAUUCUCAUCCUGUCGGCCACAUACACAGUGUGAGAGUUCCAAUGGUGUUGUGAGACAGGUAAAAAGGCCAGGAACUCAUUCAUCAGAUACUGAAUCUAAUUCUCAAGAGAUUGUGGCCUCAUUUGAGGAUGAGGAGCCUAAGAGCUUGUGA